AUGAAAUUCGCCCAUGAACUUAAAGAGUCGCUGGCCAGUCAAGGCUUCCCGCCUCAUUGGGUCGCCCAUGCGAUCCCAUACGGCCAGCUGAAGAAAUGCCUCAAGAAAGUCCAGCGCGAGCUGCAAGAGCUGGGACUGGAUGCCGAAACCUUGCGGGCGCUCCUCGAUCCCAAGACGGACUCUCCAGUUGCCCUAAACUAUAGCCUUAACGCUUCUUCAAACUCCCCGAUCGUUCGACCGAAGUUGACAGUAGAGAUCCAUCUGCAUGAGGGCAACAUUAUCGAUGCGUCGCUUACACCAGCCACUCGCCAAUUCUUCGAGAAGAUAUCUUCGAAACUGCCCCUCGACGGCUCAGACUCUGCUAAAGAGUCCAAAUCGACCGAUGCUACGCCCACCGAGACGGUCGACGAGACGGCACAAUCGCCAUCACAAGCUCUUACACUUGCAAACCGCGCCGGGAACGGCUACGAGACCAUCGAGGUGCCUCUCGUGUCCGAUGGUGUCUUCUUCGACAUCCUUCAGAGCGAUGUCAGCAGCCUGGAUGCCCUUCAAACCACCGAACGGAACCAGUUAACGGAGGAGGUCAAAGAGCUAGGGAAACAGGUAUCGCAUGUCGCACGGCCGGGUCGCUUCUCCAAAAGCGAUCUCGAUCGUUGGAGGCGCAUCUUUGAACUGUACUUGGAUGCGGAAGUGUUCUUUGCGACGCACGAGCGCGAUCACGGAGCUCGAUCCAGCCAGAAAGCUCUCCAGCAGCUGCAGUGGUUUCAGAAUCAAGUCCAGAAGCAGGAUCUCGUCAAGUCUUUCAAACGACCAGAAAGCCGGGUCGCGUUUUCCAAGUUCCUGGAACUGAAUCUCAACCUCUUGAAGCAUCUGCAGUUCCAAGAGCUAAAUCUGCUGGCAAUUCGCAAGAUCUUGAAGAAAUUCGACAAACGCACGGCACUGGGCGUUUCGCGUGCGUUCCCGAGCGCAAUCAGCUCCCGAAAGCUAUUAUCCGGAGAUAUUGCCAAGCAAGUGUGUGCCAGGAUCUCAGACGAGUUGGUUUCUAUUAUACCCCAAGUCAACGACUACCUCUGCCCGAUAUGCUACGCCAUUGCAUAUCAACCAGUUCGCCUAGAUUGUCAGCACGUCUUCUGCAUUCGCUGCUCAGUGAAGCUUCAGCGACGGCAGGAGGAAUACUGUCCUCUGUGCCGAGCUCGUGUCGUAAUGGACGCUUCAGCUAAGAACAUUGACUCUGAUUUAGAGAAAUUCUUGAGGAAGAACUUCCCCGCGGAAGUGAAAGAGAAGGAACGCGCUGAUCAAAUAGAACGGGGGAUAGAGGAGUUUGGCCCGAGCUACAAACCGGCCGAGUGCGCUGUCAUGUGAAUUAUGCUGAGCGAGAG